AUGAGUAAGAAACAGCAGUAUACUGACGAAGAACUAAGGCGAAUAUUAGAAGAGAGUGAUUAUGAAAAUAACUCUGAGCCAAAUUCAUCGAACGAAGAUGAUUCUGCAACUGAAGAAGAGCAUAGUGAUGUGCCUGAUUUUGGCGACGACGACAGUGUCGCAGAUCCUGAUUUUGUUCCAAGUGAGCUGUCAGUUGAACCUCUAGACGUAAGUGAACUAAAUGAUAUUCAGAUAAACAGGAAUGAAAAUAUAAAUAUCCAGCGUUCUCCAUCACAUUCAACAUCGAUUCAAGAUGGCGACAUUUUUGAUGACCAGCAUUCUCCAUCACAUUCAAUAUCGAUUCAAGGUGGCAACAUUUCUGAAACCACACCAAUCAAUUCCAAUAGAGACAGAGAAAUAACUACAGGUCCAAGGAUUGGCAUAAGACCAACAACAGAGAGUCAAAUGAAAGAACAUGAUCAGGAAGAAGGUUGGAAUUAUGAAAUUCAGCCGUUAGGGCGACAAAGUUUUAGUAGCGAAACAAAUUUCAUACAUAUUGAAAAUAUACCAGAAAAUGCAGAUGUGUAUACUGUAUUUCGUCUUUUGGUUGAUGACAGCGUAAUAGACUUGAUGAUAGAACAGACCAAUAUAUACGCUGAGCAACUAAUCGCUGUUAAUCCUGGUGGUCGUAUGAAUCGCUGGAAACCAGUAAACAAGGAAGAUAUGGAGAAGUUUUUGGGCAUUUACUUAGUGACUGGUAUAAUAAAAUUCCCUACAUUAGAAUGCUACUGGAAAAAAGAUCCUAUUUUCUAUCAUCCGCUGAUGCAUAACAUACAAAUGUCCUACAAUCGUUUCGUAACAAUAUUACGUUGCUGGCACUUUGUCGACAACACUGCUGAAAGAGAUGCCAACGAUCGCUUGUACAAAGUGAAGCCAGUUAUAGAUAUCGUGAUGAACAACUGUAGAAAACUUCUAUCACCAAAUGACUGCGUUGUUGUCGAUGAGUCUAUGGUUCCUUUUCAAGGGCGACUACUGAUUCGUCAGUAUAAUCCAAAUAAGACCCAUAAGUACGGACUAAAAAUUUACAAGGCUACAACUGACGAUGGCUACGUUUGGAAAUAUAAAGUAUAUACUGGUCAGGAUCCUCAAAUAUCCAAUCUCGAUAAACCCGGAAGCGUUGUGGUCGAACUUUGUGAAGAUCUUUUAGACACGGGGAGAAUGAUAAUUGGUAUACAAGUCUACCGUUAG